AUGGCAUGUUACUUUCAUCCUUCCACCGAGACCACCCCACUUCAACGGCCCACCACGCGUGACCGCGCGCAUUCGUCAGGCGCUGCGGCCAAUACCGUGACAGGUUUUUCGACCGCUACACCGACGACGCCACGGGAUCAGAUUCACAAAACCCAUAGAGGCUUUCCGCCCCUAUUCAGUGAGGCCUCAAACAACCGGCGUGAGGCAGACCCGCCCACCCAGGCCAGCGCCUCCAACGGGGUGGGUCGGUUCUCCGGAUUCGAAGACUCCGCUGCGGCCUUUCUUCACGAGGUCCUACGGCACCGAAAUUCACCAUCACUACUCGAGCAAACUGGUGAUGUGCGAGCGGUUCUGUCAGCUCCAUUCGACCUGGGAAGGUCCACGUCUCGUGUCUGCGGUAGCCGCCUCACGACACCGGGGAGGAGGUGGUGUAAGCAAUCCACACGCAGUUACGAGACCUGGGUGCACGAGUGUGCGUGUACUGUCGUCCAUUCUCCCCUUCUCUCCCCUCGUCGGCUCGAUGCCCAUUGUAUACCCCGUUAG